AUGUGGCUUUCCACCGUACCACUCCAUGUCUUGAAUCUUGGUUUGGCUUGCGCCUGCAUUUCUGACUGCAGCGAGCAUGGAAUCGCACUGUUGCAGCUUGGCCAUGACUUCCCAGAGCUCGUCCACACGGUGACACCUACAAAGACGCCCAAAGCACCUCGCACAAAUGGCCUGGAGUUCAAAAAGGCUUCAUAUCUGCAGUACCGCGAGCUCGGCGAGGGCACGAAGUUGAGCCUACGGUGGCUCUCGAUGUUGGCAUUGCUUCUGCUUGGGUUCUGGCUUGUCUACUGUGCAUAUGUGCACGAACCGGACCUGCCUGAGGGUGUUGCAGAUCGAUUGUUACAGAAAGCUGUGCCAAGAUCAUUGUCCGAGUGCAAAGUAGUCCCGGACUUUCUUCGCCUGUGGGCCCAUCAAACACCGGAAAAGACGGCCUUUGUCUUCUGCGACAAGGAAGGCAGUGAGACGGACAAGCGCAGCUAUGCCAGCCUCGCAUCCCGAAGCGCUGCCAUUGCGCAGACACUUCUUUCGGAGUGGGCUGCAGUGGCAGGUGACCGGGCGUUGCUGGUGUAUGAGCCUGGCUUGGAGUUCAUCGAUGCCUUCCUCGGCUGCCUUGUUGCAGGUACUGUGGCCGUGCCGGUGUAUCCGCCUAUGCCUGGCCGUGAAGCUGAUAUGAAAAGAUUCAGAACGGUUCAGGAGGAUGCUGGUGCGAGCCUGGCGCUCACAAGCCGCGCCUACAUGUGGGCUUCCUCCACAUUCAUUGCGGAGUGGCCUGUGGAGUUGACUUGGAAAGUUACGACGGGCCUAGACGAGAAGCCCUGGGCCGCGCCCAUACCGAGUCAAGGCAAUCAGUUGGCGUUCCUCCAAUACACAUCCGGCUCUACUGGAGACCCGAAAGGUGUCAUGAUCUCUCAUGCCAACCUUGUGACGAACUGCUUGAUCCCAAAUGAACCCGCUGGCAACUCGAGAACCUUGCUUGGGCGACCCAAGUUUCAACGUUUUGGUUGUGGGUCUGUCGCGGUGGGGUGGUGCCCACAGUACCACGAUCUCGGCCUCGUUGGCGGGAUUCUGACAAGCUUGGUAUGGAAUGCCACACAUAUUGGCUGUUCACCUGUAGAUUUCAUCAAGGAUCCGCUGCUGUGGCCCCGGCUGAUAACAAAGUUCCACGGCACUGUCACCGCUUCGCCUCACUUCGGCUACCAGCUCACAGCACGGCGCAUGGAAGCAGCGCUGAAAGCACGCCAGUCCCUGGCCCUCGACCUGAGCUCCCUCACGGCAGCCCUCGAUGCCGCAGAGCCCAUUAAUGUGCGUGAGCGCGAUUCGAUGCUGGCAACAUGGCAAAAGUUCGGACUCCGACAGGGAGCCUACUUUGCAGGGUACGGCCUCGCAGAGCAUGUCGUGAAGGUUGCGUGCGGUGGUGUGGAGGGUCUCGCUGGAGCUGUGGAGAGCAUAGCAGACUGCGGGGAAGCAUGCGACGGCGUUACCAUCAAGAUUGUCGAUCCAGACCAGUGUGUAGAGCGCACAGAUGGCCAGGAGGGUGAGAUUUGGCUGGACUCGCCCUCGAAAGCUGCAGGGUAUUGGGGGCAACCGGAACUCUCCCAAGAGGUCUUCCAUGCACGCUUGGACGGCCGGACGUACCUCCGCACGGGGGAUUUGGGUUUCCUGCAGAACGGCCGGCUGUUCGUAUCAGGCCGCCGGAAGAAUCUUAUCAUCAUCGGCGGGAAAAACUUCUACCCUCAUGACAUCGAGCAGACCGUACAGUCUCGAGGGCAGCCACAUGUCCGUCCGGGCUGCAUCGUGGCCACUAGCAAUGCGAACCUCACCGGAACGGAGCAGCUCCUCAUUGCCGCCGAGGUGCGGCAUGAUUACCCAGCGGAGCUUGCGGCAGCACUCCGUCGGGAGGUCGAAGCAGAGCACGGACUCGAGGUCUACGGCCUGGUCCUCCUGGAAACCCAUAGCAUUCCCAAGACUACGUCCGGCAAGCUCAAGCACCGAGAGGUGGCGCAGCUCUGGGAGCUGUCAGCCUUUCCCGGGGAGCUGGAGCGUCACAUGUACGGAUUCCGCGAGGGCCCUGCCAUCAAGUGGACUCGCGAGACUCGGGCGGACCGUGUUUUGCAGCUGGAGCGGUGGCUCUUGGACGAGGUUGUAGAUGCCAGUCCUGAGAAGGCUUUGGCCGAGCUUGGGCUUAGCUCUCUGGCAGUGGCGCGGCUCCAUGCGCGGAUGCUUCAGGUGCUCGAGACCCCGCUGGAAGAGUUCAGGAAGCUGCCCACACCCAGUGCUGGAUCUGCUGACUUUGCAGAGUGGGAUGCGACGGAGCCGUGCUACAUCCGUCGAAACGUUCCGGAGACCGCGCUGGGCCUCGGGAUCUUUAUUAACUGCCGGUCCUUGGCCGCCGUGGCUGUGGAGGCAGAGCUGCAGAAAUUUCCACGUGACCUUGCAGAGUGCAGCGAGGCCGACAGGUCGCUUUGGGCUCCGGACAGACGCACCUAUGCGGCCGGGCUUCCAGCCACCAACGAUCCAGUGCCUGCAUGGCUGGUGACAUCUUUUCAGACGUUGGGCCUCCUCAUGCCCGUGCUGGUGCUCGCAACGCCGAUGUUCUUCUUGGUACAGGCUGUGGAUGCGCUCCAUGUAGCAGCAGGCCACGGCUCGGUCUUUUUGGCAGCGCCGCCUCUACUAGCUCUGCUGGUCGGCGCCAUGUUCCUGGAGGUUCUGCUUCUUCGCGUCGUCCUCUUCCCGCACGGCCUACUGCCGGGGCGCUACACGCUCCACGGGUGGACGCAUCUUCGCCUUUGGCUGCUGGAUGCAUCCUUGGGCUUUCUGCAACGUCUGGUGGGUCCCUACGGCGGCACUCCCAUUCACAACGGCCUCCUCAGGAUACUGGGUGCUAGCGUUGGCACAGGCGCCAAGAUCCAUGUACAGGCCUCGGCCGCUUUGCAGUUGCUGCAGGUGGGUGACGGCUGCAGCCUGGAUGGCAGAGUGCAGUGCCACAUGAUCCUGGACAAUGAGCUCCUGAUCGACAAAGUUCAGGUCGGGCAUGCUGUCUUCGUACCAGAGCGUUGCGCCAUUGAACCUGGCGUGGUCAUCGGUGAUGGCUCUUCCUUGCAGCGGAUGACGUCGCUCGCCGCCGGCGCUUGCGUGCCAACGGGGAGUCAGGGCGUAGUAGGGAAUCCUGCCCGAAAGGGUGAGUCUCGCUCCGCUGAGCCCGUGGCAGACAUCGACUGGCUGAAGUUCCGGUAUGCUUGCGUUUUCCACGCCUACGUUUUCGCAGCGUUGCUCUACCUGCUGUUCUUUUCUGCCAGAUUCAUGUGGUCCUUCGUUGGUCCUCGAACUGCUGCGGGGAGCUUGCUGACUCUCCUGGCAUUGGCGCCAGCCGCCUUCUGGCUGGCGGGGGCAGCAGCCCUGUUGGCUUUCGUGCUGCUGAAGUUGCUGCUGGUCGGCAAAGUGUCUCCGGGGCAGAUGCCAGCCAGCCAGCAUGCUUGGUAUCGCCUGGUCAAUUUCAUUCUGUCCAGCUCCUGGCCCAUAUGGAUCAGCUCAUUGCCAGAGUGUUUGCACUAUUUCGGCUUGCUGGCCGUGGGCGCUGCGGUGUCCCCUAACGCCGUGGUGCGGCUGGACGCUUCCCUCCGUGCAUUGAAAUGCGGCGACCUCUUGACCGUUGGCCCGAAAUGCUUCAUUGGAGGAUGUGCAGACUUUGCCUUCGAAGGACCUGACAGGCACUUCUACAAGACCGAUCUUGGGAACAGCUAUUUUGGAGCCAGCAGCUUCGUGGACUUCGGAUGCACAUUUGGGUCUGGGGCAGUGGUGAGCUCCCAAAGCUACGUACCCCCGCAGUCUGCGCUUGAAGCAGACUCCGUGUAUAUGGGAAACCCUGCAGGGCUUUUUUCACGAAGCUCAAGAGCUGAAGGCUUGCGACCGACCUGGCUUCACUGGGUCUUGCACACGGUUUGUCUUGGCUCAUGUGUGAGAGCAAUUGGCAUUCUUCCCAUGCUCGUGGUGCCUGUGGUCUGCACUUGGAUGAAAUUGCUCGUGUUGAGAUCCGUGCUGAACUCCGACGUGAUCAGCUUUCAUGCCCUUGGCUUGUUUGUGGCCGGCUCCUGUGCUGUGGCAGUGGUGGCGUUCAUGGCCAUGAUCGUCAUAACCCUUCUCCUUUAUUGGACGGUUGUGCUUCUCCUGCGGAGAUGUUCAGAGGAAUGGCCAGAGAUAGAAGCGAAACGGUACAGCCUCCAGUAUUAUUGUUGGGUGCUUCAGGUGGAGUUGCUGGCCUCCUCAAGGUUUUGGCUGAUCUUCCUCAAGGGUACGUUUUGGAUCGCUGCUUUUCUGCGCCUGCUCGGGGCCGAGAUUGGCAGCGGUGUGUGCUUCGAGGAGCACUGCCCGUUCUUUGAACCAUGGCUGCUUCAGAUUGGAGACGGCUGCUGCUUCAGCGGUGCAAUGCUCUCGCCCCACUCCAUCGACACGGACCAUGGGAUUACCGCGAAGCACGUCCGCGUGGGGAGAAGAGCUGUGAUAUUGGACUCGUUGGUUCAUGGUGGAACGGAGGUUCCCGUGAGCAGCAUUCUGGGAUCAUUGUCGCGGCCACUCCAGGGGCAAUGCCUUCGUUUGGGUGGAGAGUACAACUCCACGCCGGCGCUGCUGAGGGCCACUGGAAAGGCACGCCUCCUGGCAGAUGAAAGUUCCGGGACCAUACCCUGCGCGCAAGACAUGGUUGACGUGGAGCCGCCAGCCAAGACCGAACCCUGA